GCGCGCGCACAGCCCCGCGGUGGCUGCCGGGAAAGCGAUGGCGGCGACAGCGGAAUCUUCGACUCUGUGAGAGCCGGCGGGGCCUGCGGUUGCUGUCCUGGAGAGCAGGCCCUGAGGUGUCCCUGAGCAAUGGCCCGGAGGUGAACCCAGAGCUGGCCCUGAGGUGGCCCUGAGAAGAAGUGGAAGGCAGAGGUGGUGCUGAGGCAGGAGAGCCCCGUGCUGGGGAAGAGGCUGAGCUGGGAGUGCCCAGCAGCGAGAAGGUGCUGUGUCCAUGCCCUGUGUGCCAGGAUUUGUCCUUCCCAAAGCUUGGGCAGAUGGAGGAGAAGGCUGCGAGGAAGAGGAAGGUGCCGCGGGCCCCCCAGGCAGGCCCCGAGCUGAGGAUGGAGAGCACGGAGGACAAAUCCCCCCGGCAGAGCCUGGUGGGAGAGGCCGUUUUGAAGGGCUCCCCGGCGCAGGAAGGCAGCGGGGAGGAAAAGGCCCGGAGAUGCCCCCGGAGGAGGGGCUGCAAAGCCAGCCCAGGGAGCUCUGAGGAGGAAAGACCCAUCCUGUGCCGGGAAGGCGGCCGGAGCUUGAGCCAGAGCUCCGAGCUGGUGGUCCCUGAGCAGCCUCCCAGCAGGGAGAAGCCCUUCAGGUGCUUGGAAUGUGGGAAGAGUUUCAGGCAGAGCUACCACCUCCUCAGGCACCAGCACAUCCACACUGGGGAACGGCCCUACACGUGUAGAGAAUGUGGGAAGAGCUUCAGGAACAGCUCCAACCUGAUACACCACCAGCUCAUCCACACUGGGGAAUGGCCCUACACGUGUGGUGAAUGUGGGAAGAACUUUAGGAAGAGGUUCAAGCUCCGCACCCACCAACUCAUCCACACUGGGGAACGGCCCUACACGUGUGAGGAAUGUGGGAAGAACUUCAGGAACAGCUCCAACCUGCUCCAACACCAGCGCAUCCACACUGGGGAACGGCCCUACACGUGUAGGGAAUGUGGGAAGAGCUUCAGGGACAGCUCCAACCUCUGCAACCACCAGCGCAUCCACACUGGGGAAUGACCCUACAAGUGCUUAGAAUGUGGGAAGAGGUUUCAGCGCAGCUCAGAUCUCCUCAUACACCAGCGGACACACACAGAGGAGAGGCCCUUCCGCUGCACUGACUGCGGGAAGGGCUUUAAACACAACUCCACCCUCGUCACCCACCGGCGCAUCCACACCGGGGAGAGGCCCUACAAGUGUGGGGAGUGUGGGAAGAGCUUCACCCACAGCUCUGCCUUGACCAAACACCAACGGACCCACCGGUAAGAGAAACCCUACAAGUGCCCCAACUGCGGGAAGAGCUUCAGCCGCUGCUCCCACCCCAAAUGACCCCCCUGAUGGUGAGGCAACCCCUGGAGUCCAGUGACUGUCAGUCCAUCCCUUUCUACCAGAAAGGGCCCAUCCCCUUUGCCAAGGGCAGGUUGUGCCAACAGAACCCUUCUUGAGGGGUGUGUGGAGAUUCCUGCCUUGGCUGGAACCCCCCAAGGUCACUGCUGGAGGUUGAGAGCAGAGAUCUCUCCCUGAGUGUUGGUCUGGGGGAGUUCCAUCCAUCUGUAAUUCAUAAUUCUUGCUUUGGUGCCAGCUUGAGUAGAAUUGCUUCAACAAUUGCUCUAGUGUAGAGCACUGUCCUAUCUAAUGCUGUACUACUGGUAGUUUUAGUGUUUCUAUUGUGCAGUAAAUAAUUCUGAUGAAGAUCUUUUGUCUGAUCAUUUGUAACCCUAAAUAAUUAAUUUCUGUCAGUAGAUCUGAUUUACCGUCAUUAAAACCUAGGGGACAAAAGUGGUUCAGUCCCACCUCUGUAAUUCCUCUUAACUGAAAGUGUUGGCAUAACCCAAGGCUGAGAUUGGAUCCAGGAGCCCCCAGCACCCCAUAGUAAGUUGGGAACUCAGGGGCGCCAUCCCCCUUUUGUAAAUCCUCCCUUUCCCAAAGACCCCCAUGGGAGUGUCAAACCUACCAGACCACUUUUCCACCCUUCUCCCUGUUCCUACCACUUUUCCAUGGUCCCUUGUUACAAUCUGCUUAAAUAUUGCAGAAAGAACUUCAGAUUCGAAUAUUCCCUUGAGCAAAACUAAAACUCGCACAAGUGUCUCUUGAUACCAAAACCUGAUUUUAUUAAUUGCUAAGAGAUGCAAAGAGAACGAGGAAAAAAUAAGAAAAGGUUAGAAACUGCUAAGAUUAUUUCCAGAAGUAGAGAAAAGAUACCACUGAAAACUUCCUUUUCCCACCGAACUGGUCUGUGUGUGGGGGAAGAGAAGCAGUUUCUGCCUUUUUUUCUCUAACUCUGCAGCUUUUGGAUGUUAUCUCUGUAGCUGCAGGGGGUCUGACAGCUUUAGUUCUCUGCAAUGCAGCAUGUGUGGUUUCACCGCUCACCCCCUGUCCCAGGCCCUGCAGGGUCUCAACUCAGCUGAAGCUUUGGACCCUCAGAAAUAUGGUCAGGGUAGAAGGAUAAGGUAGAACUCCCACAUGUGGCACGGUGGUCUCAGCUCUCUCCAGGCCGGCACAGUUCCAGUCUCUGGUGGCAGGCAGGCAGCACGCGGUGGCGGAGAAAAGGUGAGGGGAGGUGGGCAGAGAUUCUCGGCUACAGUCACCAGUUCUUCUCCCUUUCCUCUCCCUGAUUUUCCAAAAUUUGUCCUCAACUUUUAUAGUGUUCAAAGGAGGUUGAAUGUGGUUUCUUGACACGUAGCCAGUUCAGAUGUUGGAGGAGAUAUGAUAACCAUAAACAAUAGCAGGAUCUUUUAGCAGGAAAAGUGCCGUGGGAAGUCCUGGUGAGAACUUCCUUCAGAGAGCUGACAGAGAAUGUUUGAUAGGAAGUUUUUGAAAGGCAGAAACAAUUUUUGGCAUUUCUAUAUUAUCUGUGUGUUACAGAUGGUUGCCAUGGUAAACAACGUAUCAAUAAAAAUGCAUAAUGG